AUGAAAGCAGAAGAUGAUGAAGAAUUACUACUUCAAUGUAGAUGGCAUAAUUGUUGUCAAUCUUUCCCCAACUAUAUUCGAUUACAUGUACAUUUCCUUGAAUGCCACUUGAAUAAUGUACCUGAGCUUGUCUGUCUAUGGGAUUCUUGCCAGAAAAAGGAUAUAUUCCAGGAACAAAAUCAGUUAUUGCGUCAUACACUUCUACAUAUAUUUUUUGAAGAUUGCAUAGUAAAUACUAAUAAGCUUCUUAAAGCCCAUCAUAAGGCUUGGAAUUUUGUAUGUUGUGGAAUAAGUUGUCAGAAACCUGCGUAUCUUCAACGAUCAACAGAAACAUUCUUAUGGAAUACCAUAAUUUUGAAUAGAGGUUUCGAAUGUCAAUGGAAAGACUGUGAUUACACUACGAAUUCAGCAUAUCUAUUCAUCGAGCAUGUUAAGGAGCAUGAUUUUCCGUAUGGUAAUGAUAAAAAUAAUGAUGAUUGUGACGAUGAAGAUGAUAAUAGUAAUACUAAACUAACUUGUUUAUGGCAAUCAUUGAGUGUGGAUUCAUUGACCAUCUCAGAUCAGUCAAUAUGUGGUUCUAUAAGCAGAUGUCGUUCACAUUUUCAUCGUCAUGUACGUCGUCAUACUGGAUUACCACGUUACAUCUGUUCUAAAUGUUAUGUGUGUUUUGCAGAAUUUAUCAAUUUUAAGGAGCAUUUUACAUGGAGUUUAGUUAAAGAUUGUCGGAAUGUGGUCAAAUUUAAUGGAAUAGAUGAAAAUAGUACCAAUUGCCCAAUAUUAUUGAAGUUAAUGGAUGAAUCUUCGCCUUUUCCAAAACAUCUUGAAGGUACAACUAUAUUUCAAUGCCCAACGUGUAUAAAAGUCUUUAUUACUAAGGAAGGUUGGACUUCUCAUAUACGUGAAUGCUCAAAUUCAUUAAACAAAGAGACUGCUGUUAACACUAAGAAAUUGGAUUGUAUUUCACUUUCCCGUAAACAUGUUUCUAAACCAUAUUUUAAAAUAGCUUCGAUUAAUAAACUAUCAGAAGAAAACUAUGAAUUUUAUUGUCAAGUUCAAGGUUGUUCUUAUAAAUCUACAAAAUUAUCCGCUUAUCGUGCUCAUUAUAGACGUUAUCAUCUAAGUAGUAACCCUGAUGGUUUAUGGUAUUCUUGUCAUCUUUGUUCAUCGUAUCAAGCGCGUAAACCAUUUACAAUUACACAUCAUUUAAAAUCUGUGCAUUCAUUGAAACCGCCUGAUGGACGUUCACGUUUCACAUAUUCUUUUGAUGAGUGUAGUCAAACUUAUCAGUUAGCUGGAAAACCACCAGCUCCAUGUACUGUUCAAGUAGCUCUCUAUAGUAAUAAUAAUAAUAUAGGUACCACUGGUCCUCUAGCACCGGACCUCGAUGAAAUUAUUGGCGGUUCAGAUGAGGAAAAUCACUCUGAUGAAGAGUUGCUUACAUCCGCUGAAUUACUGAAACGUUUUUAUAAGAUAUGGCAAAAUGAAAAACUUGCUCCUGUACUAUUAACUGCACAUUCUGACCUGUUAGGUCUUAUUCAAGCUGAAGUGAAUCAGUUGGAAGCUGAAGCUAAAGCCUUACCAGCUGGUGAUUUGAAAGCUCAAAUUAAACGAAUUCAAGUUGAAAGAAUCCGAUUUAUCAUGGUUGAUUACAUGCGUAUUCGAAUGAAAAAGAUUGAACGAUUUGCUGAACAUAUUUUAGCUGAAGAACGUUCACGUAAUUCAAAUGAAUUACCACAUUUGACAGUGGAAGAAUAUCUUUUUGCAAAAUCGUAAAUUUUCAGUGAUUUUCUGUUGUUUUUUUAUUAUUAUCAGAAUGAAAGAAUCAGUUAACUAAUUAUCAUUAUUUUAGAUAUUCAAAUAGUAUUCGAGAAUAUUUGAAAACUACAAUUAUUAAUCGUUUACCAGCUAAUAUGCAGUCUAUUAAAGACGAAGAGUUAACUUUUCAUCCAAACCCAAACAGUUAUGUAUUUUGUCAGUCACUGAAGAAAAUUGAUUUUAUAGAAGUAUUCGAUCAUAGUUCAAAUGGAACUCAAACUGCGGUAUCACUUACCUUGGAACCUGGCGCUCAACAUCUCCUACCAUACAGUUGCAUUCGGCCGUAUGUAGAAGGUGGCGAUGUUAUUUUAAUCUAAUAUUUAACUGGAUUGAGUUCUCACAAUUAGAUUCUAUUUUUCUAGCAACCGUUUUUGUUUGAUGUGUUUGUGUUUAAAUUGUUUUUUGUACCAAACUAUACUAUAAUUUAUGCAAUGCA